UUUUCGGUUUCUCUUAAAACUUUUUUUCGUUUUCUUUAUUUUCUGCCAGUUAACGCCUUCUAACUCAGCCUGCCCUGUCUAUUUUUCCUCAACCACGCUGCAUAAAACGACAAGUAAUCAUGGCAGACAUCAAAGCAGCUGCGAACCCAGCCAUGGAGACUGACGGCGCCGAACUCGAGAAAGUCCGCCUCGCCGGUACGAAUCAGGCCGACACUCAACUCGCCGCAGAGUUUGGUUACAAGCCCGUCUUCAAGCGAGAGUUCGGUUAUCUCUCCACUUUUUCGUUCGCAGUCAGUAUCAGUGGUCUGUUCGCAACCAUUAUGACCACCAUGUCCUAUCCUCUCGAGGCGGGAGGAAGCAGCGCGGUGGUAUGGUGUUGGCUUGUUUCGGGAGCUGGGUGCAUGUGUAUCGCGCUUUCGGUUGCUGAGCUUGUAUCUGCCUACCCGACCUCUGGAGGCCUGUACUUUACGAUCUCGAGACUUGCUCCACAUGAUUGGGUUCCGUCGAUCAGUUGGGUGACCGGUUGGUUGAACUUUCUUGGCCAGAUCUGUGGCGUGGCUUCAUCCGAGUAUGGCGGUGCGCAGAUGCUCCUGGCCAUUGUCUCGAUGUGCAAGGGAAUGGACAACUACGAGAUCAAAACCACAACGACCGUUGGUGUGAUGGCUGCUUUGACCUUCAUUACCGGUCUGGUUAACUCUCUGUCUACAUACUGGAUGGAAAAGAUGACCAAGUUCUAUGUCAUCUUUCACGUCUGCGUCCUCGUAGCUUGUGCUAUUGCUCUUCUGGUCAUGACCGACGACAAACACGAUGCCUCGUACGUCUUCACCCAUGUCGAGUCGACCUCUGGUUGGCAGCCCAUCGGUUUCAGUUGGCUGUUUGGCUUCCUGUCAGUCAGCUGGACCAUGACGGACUAUGAUGCCACGGCUCAUAUUACCGAGGAGAUCAGCAACCCUGAGAUUAAGGCGCCUUGGGCAAUUUCAAUGGCUAUGCUGUUCACUUAUCUGGCUGGCUUCCUGUUCAACAUCGUUCUGUGCUUCUGCAUGGGUGACCCGAACGCUAUCCUUAACUCCAAGAUGGAACAGCCAGUCGCACAGAUCUUCUAUAACAGCCUUGGCAAGGGUGGCGCCAUCUUCUUCACCGUUUCUGCUCUGCUCAUUAUCAAGUUUGUCACCUUCACAGCCAUGCAGUCGCUUGGCCGAACUGUCUUUGCCUUUUCCCGUGACCGCAUGCUUCCCUUUUCCAACGUCUGGGUCAAGGUAUCUCCCAUGACUGGCACUCCCCUCUAUGCGGUCUGGAUCUCUGUUUUCUUCUGCAUUGCCAUUAAUCUUAUCGCUCUGGGCUCCUACACGGCAGUUGAUGCCGUGUUCACCCUCUGCUCCAUCGCUCUUGACUGGAGUUAUUGCAUUCCCGUUCUGUGCAAAUUGCUGUUUGGUCAAUUCAGACCCGGACCUUGGCACAUGGGCAUCUUCAGCAAGUUUGUAAAUGCCUGGGCCUGCCUCUGGACGCUCUUCGUCAGCAUUAUUUUCGUACUUCCCACGGACCGUCCCGUGACCCCUGACAACAUGAACUAUGCCUGUGUGUUCUUGGUGUUUGUCUUGCUGUUUGCGCUGGUUUACUGGUUCAUCAGCGGCAAGCGCUUCUACCAUGGCCCUAUUACCGAAGCAGUUGUAGCAGAUUCAGCCUCCGAAAGCAACCUACCCGGCGACGCCAAUUCGGAUAAGGACGGACGAGAGAACCGAUGAACGGCCAUUGUGUUUGCCCGAGGCGCUCUUCGACACACCCGCAUUAUUAUAUCUACCCCCGCGACAUGAUACCCGAGCGAACCCCUGCAACAAGCCCGUGUACGAAACGAUCCCUUGAGCGACAGCCCAUAUGCCGACCCAAGCGAGCCCCGCAGCAA